UUGCAGGGAGGAAUCUUGAAGGUCUCUAAGAGAGAUAGCAAAGCCCAAAAAAUCUGUGCUUCCUGUUGCCUCCAUAACCAAAGUUUGAGGACUUUUGAGUACUCAUUGGAAGAGAACAGUAUGUUUCCUUCACAACGAGGCGAUGAGAUGGUCAUCGAAUUUUCUAGUUGUCCCCACCAUCAACAACAGAAAAUGUCAGAGGAUCUCAUUCUGGACGACUAUGCUCAUACUUCUCUGGAUUUCCUCGAUUUUUCUCAUAAAAAAUUACAAGGUCGUACCGACAAGCCGAAGAAACUACUUUACGAGUCGUCUGAUGAUAAGAUUAAUUACCAUUAUCGAAAUUCUGAAAACGACUACAAGAAGAAGAACGAGAGGCUGGUUCACAGGGAGAUUGAGAGGCAAAGAAGGCAAGAAAUGGCUACCCUCCAUGCCUCUCUUAGAUCUCUUCUCCCACUUGAGUUCAUCAAGGGAAAGCGUUCGAUAUCAGACCACAUGAAUGAGGCGAAGAACUACAUAAAGCACCUGCAGAAGAAAAUCAAAGAACUGAGCGCCAAGAGAGAUGAACUGAAGAGACUAUCGAAGAAUUCUUCAAAUCCAGAAACACUCGAGUGCGAAGAGUACACGUGUAGCGGUUUUUUCAGUAUUCACGAGAUUAAUACUAAUGGUGGUGUGGGAAUAGAAGUUUCUAGUUCCUUCGGAGAGGAAAGGCUUUCCCUUUCAAAAGUGCUUAAACUGGUGCUUGACGAAGGACUUGGAGUUGUUAAUUGUGUUUCCACCGAAGUCAAUGGCAGAUUACUUCACAGUGUUCAGUGUGAGGUUAACAGUUCCGACCGCGUAGACUUACCCGCGCUGAGGAGGAAAAUUGUCAAUCUAGUCCCAUCAUUUAAAUGUCGUGAUUAAUUAUGCUUACAUUAAAAUUAACUUGGGUAUUGACAAGAAACGCAUGACCAUUUUUCUUUUCUAACAGGUUAAUUAGUUAGUACUUUUUAUGUUUGGAUGAGUUUGCUUUAAUGUUUCACGUCACCUUGUCUUUGUUUCAGAUCCUUCCUUUUCUGAACAAUAUGAAGGAAAUAAGAGGAAAGCAUUUCAUUUACUAAAA